AUUGAAAGCUGUGAUCGAUAGCAGCUCAUGAACGAAAAUUCCUUCGUGGAACCACCGUCCAUGCAACGUGGCAUUACCCGUAGCCACACACGUGGCAGCUCUCUUCUUCUAACAACACAACCUAAAAUACAUACACUCAACACCUUUACACCCUUCCUCUGCUACACGCAGGUAUACCUUCACUGUAUCUCCCUAUAUAUAUAUAUUACCCCAUAUGUACUGUGUAUAUAUAUACUCUUAAAAGUGUUCAAGUUAUAACUCCAAUAUUAAUUCUCUCUCUAGCUUUGAAAUAUAUAUACUUUUUUUUUUUUAUUACAAAAAAGAAAAAUGAAAAGCCAAAUUGAAGAAGAGUUCUCAGAUUUCUACGAGAAAUGGGUGGUUCAGCUUGAGGAGCAUCUUCGUCUUCUUCUAGUGGUGUCGAAAGAGAAGCCACAAGAAGCUGUGUGCGAGGCGGUGGUUACUAAACUCACCGCCCACCACAAGGAGUACUACACCGUCAAAUGGGCUUCCGCCGCCGACGAUGUCUUGGCCUUCUUCACCCCUCUUUGGCUCACCGCCCUCGAAAACGCCUAUCUUUGGGUCACCGGCUGGAAGCCUUCCAUGGCUUUCCGGCUGGUUGAGUCUCUGAAGAAGGCCGACGCCGGACAUUCCGCCGGCGUAGGGGCGAGCCUGGCGGGGAUGACGGAGGAGCAGGUGAAAAGGAUCGAGGGUUUGAGGGUGAGGAUGAAGGCGGAGGAGGAGAAGGUGGAGAGGGAGAUGGAGAGGAUGCAGGUGGCGAUGGCCGACAGGAAGAUGGUGGAGCUGGCGAGGCUGGAGAGGGUGGCGAGGAAGAAGGGGGACGCGGCGGCGGUGGGGCAGGUUGACGAGAUGGUGAACGCGGCGGUGAAAGGGUUGCUGUGUGGGCUUGAGAAGGUGAUGAAGAUGGCGGAUUGCGUGAGGCUCAAGACUUUGAAAGGUGUGCUGGAUGUGCUGAACCCCAUGCAGAGCGUUGAUUUCUUGGCUGCUAAUACCAUGCUGCAAAUUCAGAUGAAAAAAUGGGGAGAAAUUAGAGAUAAACGCUGUCGUAUCGAUAAUCAGGAAAAUUGUCUCCUCAUUAGUAAUCAUUAAUAAUGACAAUUAUUUUAAUAACUAUAUUAUUAUAUUAAGAUAGGUUUAUAGAAAGAAAGAAUAUAC